CACCUAGCUUGUCAUGGUAAUCAGGAUCAUGCGCAACCUUACAAUUUGCAUCUUGUUAUGAGAGACGAACAUCUGAAGCUGCUUGAUAUCAUGGUGGAGAAAUUCUUGUCGACGUGUCAUACCGCCGUCGGCGACGAGAAGACGCCCAACGAAGCGACUCACCUUGCACAUGGCCUCCAGUUUUCAGGGUUCAAGAGUGUUGUUGGCACUCGGUGGGAAGUCGACGAUACUAUCGCAAAACACAUUGUCAAAGCUUUCUACAUGAAUAUGUUCGAAUAUUGUAGUCGUUUGGUAAAUUCACAAUUCUCUUCCAUCCUGUUGUAA